UCUGUCCAUUGUUAAAAGGAUAAUUCUUGGGGCUCAUUUUUCUUAUGAGUUAGAUUUAGAAAAAUCAGAUUGUUUUUGUAGAGAAAUUAAUGACGAUGAUGCCAACUGGGUUCAGGUUUAAUCCCACCGAUGAAGAACUCAUUCAAAUCCUUGAGAGGAAAGUUUAUGGCCAAGAAAUGCCCCUCCAUGGCCAUUUCAUUGUUGAAAGAAACGUCUAUGAGUUUGAUCCUCAAGAUCUUGAAUGGGAGCAUAAUAUGGCUGUGCCUAACAACGAGAGAUAUUGCUAUUGUAUAAAGGAGAAUGAUUCUCGAGAAGUCUCAGGACGAGGAUGGUGGAGAGCCACUGGACAUGUGAAGACGAUUUAUGCAAACGAACAUGUGGUGGGAUUCAAGAGGCCAUUAACGUUUCACAGAUUCACUGGCAAUGACAAGAAGCGCAACACAGCCAUCAAGACUAACUGGAUUAUGCACGAAUAUAAUCUAGAAUCCAACACAACUGAUUGGAGGCUUUGUAAAAUCAAAUACAAGGGAAAACUAAGUGCGCAGGAGGAGAUGGAGAAUUGCAGAAAAGGAGCGACGCCAGGUAAUAAAGAUGUUGAAGCCAGCAGUUCGAUAAUUGGUGAGCAACUGCAGCAGCCACAGCAGUUGCAGCUAGAAAAUAGCUUAUGUGAGCCUUGUUUUGAAGCCAUAAGUCCAAUGGAGAUGCAAGAGCAAUCUGAUCACCUGCUGCAGCUAGACAAUGUGUGUGAGCUUUAUUUUACACAAAACAUGCUACUGGAAGUGAUUGAUGAGAAGCUACACCAAUCAAAAGCUUCAUGUGACCCUUAUUUCUUUGAUGGUCAGAUUGAGCAACCUGCAGAUUCAUCGGAGCAGCUGUUUCUCAGUCUUUGGUCGUGGCAGAAUUAGCUAAAGCUUUGAAUGGAAAGUUUUCUGUUUGGAUUUAUUAACAUUGUGCUUUUCUUUUAACUUUGUUUUGAAUGAAUGAAUGUUAGUAUAUGAAAGUUCUCAGGUGCGGACAUCCUAAUUUUUUUUUUUUUUUUCAUUUAGCCAAUGGUGGUUGAUAUAAUCAGAUUUAAAAAAGUUAGGAUAUCCGCAAGAGAGAAAACUAUCUAUGUAUUUUCGUUUAAACAAUGGACUUACUGUUUGAAUGUGCA